CUGGUGGGUGGCGACCGACCUGAAGUUGGAGAAGUCCUGCCCGAUCCCAACGCCGGAGUGCGCCGCCCGGGCUAUGGGCGCUGGGGCUCCGGGACCGGGCGCGGGGAGGCGAAGUUGCAGAGCCGAGCAGCGGCGCGGACGGCAGGACGCGGGGUAUGGCCCAGCUGUCGGUGGUCCCCGGGUCGGCCACGGCGUGGGCAGGGCUGCUCACCGAGGGCAGCCGCAAGGAGACCGACAUGCGGCAGCAGCGCCGAAUGAAGCAAGCCGUGCAGUUCAUCCACAAGGACUCAGCCGACCUGCUGCCCCUGGACGGCCUCAAGAAGCUGGGCUCGUCCAAGGACACGCAACCUCAUAACAUUCUGCAGAGGCGCCUCAUGGAAACCAACCUGUCGAAGCUCCGAAGCAGUCGUAUCCCUUGGGCCUCCAAGACCAACAAAUUCAAUCAGGCGAAGUCUGAGGGACUAAAGAAGUCUGAGGAUGAUGACAUGAUUUUGGUUUCUUGCCAGUGUGCUGGAAAGGAUGUGAAAGCCUUGGUUGACACAGGCUGUCAGUAUAAUCUCAUCUCUUCAGCCUGUGUGGAUAGACUGGGACUGAAGGAACAUGUUAAAUCUCACAAGCAUGAAGGAGAGAAGCUUUCUCUACCCCGGCAUCUGAAAGUGGUGGGCCAGAUUGAGCACCUAGCGAUCACACUGGGCUCCCUCCGCCUGGACUGCGCAGCAGCUGUGGUUGAGGACAGUGAGAAAAACUUGUCCCUUGGCCUCCAGACGCUCCGAUCUCUGAAGUGCAUCAUAAACUUGGAUAAGCACCGGCUGAUCAUGGGGAAGACAGACAAGAAAGAAGAAAUCCCUUUUGUGGAGACAGUUUCCUUGAAUGAAGACAACACUUCAGAAGCAUAACUACAGCCUGCAGCAUGUCUGCACGUAUGCACACACGCCAGGUUGACAGAUUGAGGAAACUGAGUUUGAACCAAAUGCAGUAGCAACUGGCCGUGGACCAAGUCCUUCCCUCUAAUAGAAGCUCCAGGGGCUCCUUCCCACCCAGACCUCUCUAGACUUUAGUCUGUGCUUAGAGAUAUUGUCUGGUUAUAGCCAUUGUUUUUUACUCCUUCAAUCACUUGAUUUAUAGACCCUUUUGACACUGCCAGGUCUCACUAAUGGCCUAUUUCUCUGCUUCUUCCAAGAAUUUGCUUUUAUUAGUUAAGUAUAGGGGCUUCCAGGUUCUAUUUCUUCAUAGAUACACUUGCUUCUUUUCCUAUAGCUAAAAUGUAUAAUAAACAAGAACCUGAUCUUUACCUUUCUUCAGCUAUUUCAAAGAGGUGCAGUAUACCUAUGUCUCAGAAUUAGUUUCUUCUAAGUCAUUCAUUGAUUUCUCAAGUAUGAAUUGAUCUGAAAGAACCCAGAGAGAUUAUCUAGUCUAAUCCUUUCAUUCAAAGGUCCAGAGAGGCAAGUGAAUUGUGUAAGCUUAUAUACAAAGUCAAUGGAAAAAGAGACUUAGAACUCAGACCUGACAAGCCAAAGCUAUAUGUUCAUUCUCUCAUGCUACUGCAUUUUUCUUCAAGCCGUGAGAGGAGGAUGAAGAGGUGAGGGUUUGUGAAAAGGGAGGCAAGGGGAAGAAUAUGCUUUGGGAAUGGAUGUUAGAAGGAUCUGAGUAGCCCUCUUUGCUGUGUGCUAAGCCCACUAAAAGCCCCCUGCUUCUAACUGUCACAUUUAGGCCCUUUCUUGGUGCCUAGAAGCCAAGAGUACAAAGAUGAAUGAGAUGGUGUCUCACGUUGAAUUCUUUCAGGGGAGCAGGUGGAAGGAACCACAGAUAGAACAUUAAUCACUCUCUGAGAUGGAACUGAAGGCUUCAGUGAGUAAUCUAGCCAUCACUCUCAGACACUGAUACCCCCAAGAUCCAGUCAGUGUUUCUGCCUAUCUUGUUAUUUGUCUGACGCAGAUUCAAGUAGCUGGGAAGAGGAGAAGGGAAAGGAGAUGAAAAAACCCAGAGUAGGUCCAAAAUAGAAGGGAGUGCCAGGUAGAAUCAGUUGGUGGGAAGGCCUACCAAGGGAAUCCUUUCUGGGAUGGAGGUCAGAAGUGAAACUUCCAGGCAAGGAACUGAGGGUUGAGAAACUCACCUCUGUCCUGGUACAAGGAAAGAGGCAGGGCAGGAGCUGGCAGUGUUAAGGACAACUUUUCUGACUGCCCAAUAUUUCCUGACCCAUCUCAAAGGGUUGGAGAUCACAGGAGUUUCUUGAAGCUUUUUGUUAGGGUGUCAGUUUGGGCACAAAGAUAACUAUAAUGGACUCUCUCCUUCAAUUUAGUUGUAGAAGUGCUCAGAGAAGUCAAAAAAAAUAGCCAGCUGUGGAUAUCCCUUUAAGAGAUUCCCAAGUCUUCCCUUGGUUCACAGCAGUAGUUCCCAGAGUAUUUAAUGGAUCCCACUUUGAAUUUUGCCAGGUUCCACCAGCAACCUCAUCUAGUGUUCAGCUACUGUCCCAAACAACUCUUUGGAACUCUGAAUGUUUUCAGCGUUAUAGAAGCUCCCUAAAGACUGGGAACUUGGUGACCCCCAUUUGAACAGCUAGGCAGCCGCACUGCAGCCAGCUGGCACUGGAUCAUCCCUGGCUCCCUUCCUAUCAGUCCCCAAAGAGGAAGCAAGAUAGAAAACUAAGCACAGCAACAAUAGAGGCCGCAUCUCAAGCUCAUUGGGGGUGAUCCCAGCUUACCAGCCUUCAGUGCUCCCUCCAACUCCACCCCAUUUUCUUAUUCAGGGGGGACCUGCACCUUUCCAUUGAGGCCUUUCCAU